AUGGCGCUGGUUGACCAUUCACCAAACCACCCCACUCCGUCUGGACGGCUUGAGAACGCCUCCAAUGUGAUCCUGAUCGAUAACUACGACUCGUUUACAUGGAACCUGUACCAGUACCUUGUCCUGGAGGGUGCGACGGUCAAGGUUAUCCGCAAUGACGCUGCUACGCUGGAGGAGUUGAUCGCGGAGAAGCCUACCCAGCUCGUUCUCAGCCCCGGCCCCGGACACCCCAAAACCGAUGCAGGCAUCUGCAACGAAGCCAUUCAGCACUUUGCAGGAAAGAUACCUAUCUUUGGAGUGUGUAUGGGCCAGCAAUGCAUUAUAUCCUCAUUUGGCGGAGAGGUGGAUGUCGCGGGAGAGAUUCUACACGGCAAAACCUCGCCGUUGAAGCAUGACUCAAAGGGUGUAUACACCUCCCUCCCGGCUUCGUUGAACAUUACACGCUACCAUUCGUUGGCCGGGUCAACUACCACUAUCCCAGAUUGUCUUGAGAUCUCCUCGACUACUGAUUUGGGUGAUCCUAAUCGGCCCGAUGUCAUCAUGGGCGUGAGACACAAGAAGUUCACCGUCGAGGGGGUUCAGUUCCAUCCAGAGAGCAUCCUGACCGAACAUGGGCGAGCUAUGUUCCGGAAUUUCCUCCUGACUCGAGGAGGCACUUGGGAAGAGCACAAUGCCUCAGCUCCUGCUGCUGCUGCCGUUGCGUCUACGAACGGCCAGUCUAGUGAGAUGAAGAAGGGGUCCAUUCUCGAUAAGAUCUACGCCCACCGUCAAGCUGCAGUCAAGGUGCAAAAGGAGAUCCCAUCUCAGCGCCCAGAAGAUCUUCAGGCUGCAUACGAUCUUGGUAUUUCUCCUCCACAGAUUUCCUUCCCAGACCGUCUCGCCAAGUCUCCUUUCCCCCUCUCCCUGAUGGCUGAGAUCAAGAGAGCUUCCCCUUCCAAGGGCAUUAUUGCUGCAUCUAUUUGUGCCCCAGCUCAAGCCCGGAAGUACGCCAUGGCCGGUGCCAGCGUCAUCUCUGUGCUUACUGAGCCGGAGUGGUUCAAGGGCAGCCUGGAUGACCUACGUGCGGUUCGACAGAGCUUGGAAGGCAUUCCUAACCGCCCCGCCAUUCUACGAAAGGAGUUUGUGUUUGACGAAUACCAGAUCCUUGAAGCUCGCCUCGCUGGUGCUGAUACCGUACUUUUGAUCGUCAAGAUGCUUGCGGAGCCCCUCCUCAAGAGACUCUUCGAUUACUCUCGAAAACUUGGUAUGGAGCCCCUGGUUGAAGUAAACAACCCCGAGGAGAUGGCAAUUGCAGUUAAAUUGGGCUCUAAAGUCAUUGGCGUCAACAACCGUAACCUUCAGAGCUUUGAGGUUGAUCUAGAGACUACUAGCCGCCUCAUGGGCCAGGUCCCAGAAUCCACCAUUGUCUGUGCUCUCAGUGGCAUCUCUGGUCCCCAGGAUGUUGCGCCAUACCAGAAAAAUGGAGUCAAGGCAGUUCUUGUUGGAGAAGCUCUGAUGCGCGCCCAAGAUGUCGGCGUGUUUGUAUCUAACCUCUUUGGAACCAAGCCUGGUCCCUUUACCCAGACUCCCGGUGCUCCCUUGGUCAAAAUCUGCGGAACUAGAUCUGCCACUGCUGCAAAGGCAGCGAUUGAGGCCGGUGCUGACCUGAUUGGUAUCAUUUUGGCGGAAGGCCGAUCAAGAACGGUGUCCACAGAGACUGCACUGGAAAUUUCAAAGACUGUCAAAUCCACGCCACGUCCAUCUCCAUUAAAGACGCAAGCUCCUGCCCAUGGGGACGCAUUCCUUGCCUCCAACUACUUUGAUCAUACUACCGGUCUCCUUCGACACCCGGAUCGCGCUCUUUUGGUUGGAGUCUUUCAGAACCAGCCUCUUUCCUACAUUGUGGCUCAGCAGCAGAAGCUGGAUCUCGACAUUAUCCAGCUUCAUGGAUCGGAACCUGUUGAGUGGCCAUCUCUUCUCCCUGUCCCAGUAAUCAAGAAGUUCUCUCCUUUGGAUCUAGGAAUUUCUCGACGAGGCUACCAUAGCCUUCCACUAUUGGACUCCGGAGCAGGCGGUACUGGUGAAAGGCUAGCCCUAGAGCAAGUCAAGGCUGUUCUAGAGAAAGACCUUGGGCAACGGAUUAUCCUAGCUGGCGGUCUUGACGAUAAGAAUGUUGCCGACGUAGUUUGCGCGCUUGGCGAUGAAGGAAAGAAGGUCGUGGGUGUAGACGUCAGCAGCGGCGUUGAGACUGACGGAGCACAGGAUGUUGAAAAGAUCAAGGCAUUUAUCACUGCCGCCAAAAAUAUUAGGAACACUGCUUUGUGA